AUGAUGGGCGAUCGCAAAAGGCUUUCAACUGUCUCCUUUCCUGUUCCUUUGCCCCCUUCUUUUGUUAAUACCUUCGCGGUGUCUGCUGCUAGCAGCACGAGCAGCAGCACACCAGGGGCCCCUUGCUGCUCCUCUGCAUGCAUCUAUCAUGCGCAGCUUGGCUGUCUCCUCCACCGAGAGGGGCCCCAGGGGCCCCACAAUUCAUUGCUUUGUCUCCACAGCAAGAGGCGCCGCACUGAAGCUCAGCAGACACUCCCGGCGCAGCAGGGGCCCCCCGAUGCUGCUGCUGCUGCUGCUGCUGCUGCAGCGGCUGCUGAUGGUCUCCAGGAGAGUCUCUUCUGUUUAGAGAGCAGCAAGAAGCAGAAAGAGAAGGGCCUUGCUCCUGCUGCUGCUGCUGCUCCUGCUGCUGCUGCUGCUGGCCCGUUGCCCAGACGGCGCCCGGUGUCUCGUCAGCUGUUCUCGCCUCGUGCAGCCAGCAGCGAGCAGCAGCAACAGCAACAGCAGCAGCAGCAGAAGCAGGAGCAUCAGGAGGAUGAUCAGGAGCAGCAGGAGGAGAGUAGGCCUGUGAAGCAGCAGUUUGCUGCUGCUGCAGCAUUGCUGCAGUCUCUGCCGAUAUGGAAGCGGCAUCCUGAGUCGAUGCCUGCGUUGCUGCGUGCAGCAGCAGCAGCAGCAGCAGCACGUAAGCGUCACAGCCCUUCUGGGGCCCCUAUAAAGAAAGACAGCUUAUUAGAUGCCCCUCCCUUCUCGUCAGCUACUAUUCACUGGGAAGCAAAAAGACAAGCUGUCUGCAUCAAGGCAUACAAUAAUGCUGUGGGGCCCCACACCAGCUGCUGCCGCUACUUCCCCCUGCGCCUCCUCUCGAGCGAUGGCUGCCCGGGGCCCCCCCCCUCUCCUCGCAGAAACCCGCAGCAGCAGCAGCAGCAGCAGCAGCAGCAGCAGGAGCAACAGCAGCAGCAGCAGGAGGCAGGGUCUGGGGUGCAACAACAGCAGCAGCAGCAGCAGAAGCAGCAACUAACGUGCCCCAGGCGUCUCUUAUUUGCUGCUUAUGUUUUCUUCUUGCAGCUGCCGUUAGCAGCAAACACAGAGCGCCGCAGUCGCUCGCUUAAACCCAAACAGGGUUCAGGGGGGCCCCUGGGGGCCCCCAGCCAAUUGGCGGCUGGAGCAGCAGCAACAGCAGCAACAGCAGCAGCAGCAGCAGCAGCAGAUAGGGAUGUCGGCGGCAGACGGGCAGGGGCACACAGGGGAGGUGAUAAGACACCAGGAAGAGAGACAGGGGGAUCUCUUAUUGCUGCAGAGGCCCUAGCCUCUGCUGCAGUUGCUGCUGCAUGUCUUUCUGCUGCUGCUGUCGAUAGCAACCAGCAGCAACAGCAACAGCAACAGCAGCAGCAGCAGCUUGCUGCCCCAAGCACGGCGGCUGUGCUUCUCCUCUCGUGGUCCUUCUCGCGGCAGCAGCAGGGCUCUGUGUUAUUUGGGGCCCCUGAACAAGGCCAGCAGCAGCAGCAGCAGCAGCAGCAACAGCAGCAACAGCAGCAGCAACAGCAGCAAACAGAUCUGGAGGUUGCUGAUGCUGUGCACGAGGAGCAGCUGCGAGAGGCAGCCAACUGUCUCCAGGUGUCUCCUUCUGCUGCUGAGAGCCAAAGGGGCUUGACAUGCAGGUUGUGUGGAUAUGAGAGCGAGGCAGGUUUGCUGCAGCUGUCUCCUUUUGCUUCUCACUGUCUCCAUCUUAAAAAGCAGCACUCCUUUCUCGCCCCGCUGCUUGCGCUGCUGCUCCCCGUUGACCAGCAGCACGCGUCUUCCCCAGCAGCAGCAGCAGCGACAGCAGCAGCAGCAGCAGCAGGUGCUGCUGCUGCUGCUGCUGCUGGGCCGGACGGCCACAGCAGGCCGACUUUGAAGGACCUCGCUGUAGCCCUGCAGCAGCUAAACAAGCAAACAUGCAUCUCCUGCAGCUCUGCGCAGCAACAGCAGCAGCAACAACAGCAGCAGCAACAACAGCAGCAGCAGCAGCAACAGCAGCAGCACUUCCAGGUGCUCGAUCAGGGAGCUUUCGCUGAUGCAUGCUCUGCUGCAGCGGCGCGGCUGCUGCUGCUACUAAGCAAAGUUCUGCUGCGGGCCCCCAAAACCUGCACAGCAGAGCAGCAGCAGCUGCUUGCUGCAUUUGCUGCUGAGGGGCAUCCAGUGUCUCCUGCAGCAGCUCCGCAUGCAGCUGCAACUCACGCAAGAUCUCAAGGCUCCUCUGGGCCUUCAACUCAGCAGCACGAACAGCAGCAGCAGCAGCAGCAGCAGCAGCAACCGUUACCCCCGUCUGCUGGAGCGCGAGGAGAGACAACUUCAGCCCGCCUGCUGCAGGAGCAGGAGACGAAUCUGCAGCGUCUGCUGCUGCAGCAGCAGCAGCAGUUUGCUGCUGAGGCAUUUGAGGCGCCUGUGCUACGUCCUCCCGAGAAGCAGCAGAGGGGCCCUCUGGCGUUGUGUGCUGCUGCAGCACCAACAACAGCAUCUGCUGCCUUCUUGCUGCAGCACCUUCAAGCAGCAGCAGACAGCAAAAUGUUUGUGCCGUCAGUACACCAGGCGCUCUUAGAAGCCAAGCUGUGGGGCCCCACACCUGCAGCGGCGUGUUGCUCUGGGGCUGAUGCAAGCAGCAGCAGCAAAUGCAGCUCCUGCCCCUGCAGCCAGGCAUCGCCCAAUGCCUCAGACGGGCAGCAACAGCAGCAGCAGCAGCGGCAGCAGCAGCAGCAGGAGCAGCAGCAGAUGCCGUUUCUGCGGCGACUCCUCGGCGACGGCUGCCUGCGUUGUGGCAGCAUCAAUUCCUGUUGCGUCUCCUGCUGCUGCUGUAGCAGCAGUAGCAGCAGCAGCAGCAGCAGCAGCAGCACGAUAAGUACCCGGCACGAGGAGGAGAGCUUGGAGGGCCCCCCGGACGCCGCUUUGCUGCAGCGGGGGCCCUUUGCUGCUGCUUCUCGGCGGCUGAGUUGGUUUGAGGUGAUGUGUUUAAUGCCGCAGCAGCUGCACUCCCUCCCCAUCGAAGGUCCAGCAGCAGCAGCAGCAGCAAAAACAGCAACAGCAGCAGCAGCAGCAACAACAGCAACAGGAGCAGCAGCAGCAGCAGCAGAUUGCCGGCAUCUUCUUGCAGUGCUGCUGCCCCCUGUGGGGGGCCCUCGCUUACAAGAAGAUGUGCUUACUCGGGUGUCUCUGCAGCUGGGGCUGGCUGCAGCUGCUGCUCACCCAUUUGUCUCCUUUCUGCUGCAAGACAGCAGCAGCGGAGUCCCUAGAAGCAUCAAUACCCUCACGCUCGCGCUGCAGCAACCUGCUGCUGCUGCUGCUGCUGCUGUUGGUGCGCUGCGGUGCUUCCUCGCUGAGCAGACUACCCCACUAGUUGUGGAGCUGCUGCUGCCCGGAGAUGCUGCUGCAGCAGCUGUUGCUGCGGAUGCUGCUGCAACAGAUGCCUCGUUUGCUGCAGCGGCUGCUGCUGUUGGCGACUGCUACCGUCGAUGCCUCCGGCUGGUAGAGGCUGCUGCUGCUGCACUGUGCUGCAGUGAGGGGCCCCCCAGCUACCCGCAGGGGGCCCCCAAGAAGGCGUUGAGGUUGCUGCUGCGGUAUUUGCUGUUGCGGCUAAAUUGCUGCUGCUGCAGUACGCAAAGCAGCACGAGUCCCCCGUGCAGCAGCUGUUUUGUUGCACUGGAAGCUGCUGCAGCUGCUGCUGCUGUUGCUGCUGGUCCUGAAGCAGCCAAAGGGGCUCCAGCAGCCUCUGCAGCAGGCGCAGCAGCUGCUGCAGCAGCAACUGCAGCAGCAACGACCGUUGACAAGGAACGCCUGCUGCUGCUGCGCGUCCUUGCCUUCCUCUCUGCUGCUCUCUUGCAGUUCUUGAAGCAAAUGGAAGACAGGGGUGCCCCCGCUGCAGCAAAGGCAGAUGCUGCAGCAUCUGCAGCAGCACCAACCGCCGCAGCACCGGCUGCAGCAGCACCAGCUGCAGCACCAGCAGCAACUGCGGGAGCUGAAGGAGAUGCAACAACAACAGCACAUGCCGACGAUGCAGCAAGUGCAGCAGCAGCAGCAGCAGAUGCCUCAGAUGCAUGCGAAGCAGCAGCUGCUGCAACUGCAGCAACUGCAACAGCUACACCGUCUCCAUCAGCUGAUCCAGUAGCUGCAACAGCUGCAGCAGCUCCAACAGCUACAACAGCUGCAGCAGGAGCAGCAGCUGCUACACCUGCUGGAGGAGCAGCAGCUGAUACAGGAUCAGCAGCUGCUACAGGAUCAGCAGGAGCAGCAGGAGCAGCAGGAGCAGCAGGUAUUAUCCCUCAUGCUUCUUCUUGUGUCUGUAGUAGAGAGACAGCUGAGGCGUGUGGAGGCUUAAUGAGCGACGUGCAUUUGAAAGCUGCUGCACUCAUCACAGAAUGCAUGACUUUUGGGGGGCUUCCUGCUGCAUGCGAUGACACACAAACAGGGCUUCUUAUACAAACAACACCCUUUGGGGCCCGCGUCGUUCGGGGUGUCCCCUUGAUGAGUCGUCAUCAACUCCAUCGAUUUGCUUCCUCUUUAGAGAAACCAUUUGCUGCAGCAGAAGGCAGAGGGCUUGCUGCUGCUGCUGCUGCUGCUGCUGCUGGCAGCGGCAGCAGCAGCACACGGAAAAUUACCAGCAGCAGCAGCAGCAGCAGCAGCAGCAGCAGCAACAGCAACAGCAGCAGCAGUAGCAGCAGCUACCGAGCUGCAGCAGCGGACGGAUCGUCUCUGUCUGCAGCUUUUCCUCCUUUAUUAUCAUCACCACCACCAUCUGCUGCUGCUGCUGCUGCGGGGUUGCUGCCUGCUGCUGUACGAGGUCCUGUCUCCCGUGAGUGUUGGCGGUCUCCUGAAGUUGAGGAGACAGCAGAAGAUGUGAAGCCCGCUGGAAAUCGUGCUGAGCUGCUGCAGCAGCAGCAGAAGCAGCAGCAGCAGCAGCAGGAAGAAGAGGAGCCGGUGCCCUGGCAAAGCGUUGAUCUCUUUGCUUGGAGUCUCCUCGAUGAAAACGGGGCUUCUGCUGAGGUGUCUCUGCAGCAGCGCGUCUCCAGGGCCUCCACGCGCAAAAAGACGGCCCAAAGAGUCUCCUCUGCAGCAGCAGCAACAACAGCAGCAGCAACAACAGCAGCAGCAGCAGCAGAGCAAAGGGAGGCAGUAUGGACACCGGAAGCCGCAGCAGCAGCAGCAGGAGCGGGCGAGCCGAAGGGUGCGGGGCCUUCCUCCGGCGCAGCAGCAGCAGCAGCAGCAGCAGCAGCAGCAGCAAAGCGGUUGGGUUCUGCUGCUGCUGCAGCGUUGUCUCCUGAAGAGCCCCCGCUGCAAGGAGACAGCAGCCGCCGCGUGUUAGCUGCUCCGUGGCAGGCAGCAAGCGGUGCUGUGCUUGAGGUUGCUGCUGCAGAGGCGCAGAGACAUCGAUUGUCUCCUUUCUUUGGGGUUGUUGUCGAGGAGAGUGGCUGUCUGCCUGAGGCUGCAGAUUUGCAGCAGCACCGCAACAAUUUGUUUUUUAUAUAUGAUGAGCUUGACAGGCUGAAGGCGGCGCAGCUGUACGAAGGCCCCUCGAAGGCAACACAACUCGCAGCCAGACAAAAACGUCUCCGGAUCGGCAGAUCUGCUGUCCACGGAUGGGGUGUCUUUGCUGCAGAGCCCAUUAGGCGAGGGGAGUUUAUAGUGGAGUACGCCGGCAACGCCGUCUCCGAAGCAAAGGCAAACUUCUUAGAGGCUCAGUAUGUACAGAGUAUGGGUGGCAGUACUUAUUUCUUUAAACUCAAAGACGGCUCAAUUGUGGAUGCCACCACCUGCGGCUCCUCCACUCGCUUCAUUAACCACUCGUGCGCUCCGAACUGCGCUACCGUAGAUAUACUCGAUGAAGACGAAGAGGAGGGGGGCAGUCAUGUGGGGCUGUUGGCUUUGAGAGACAUCUCCAUGGGGGAAGAGCUGCUCUAUAACUACAGCCUCUCCGAGAGUUCGCUGCAGCAGGAGAUCUGCUGCUGUGGGGCGCCCAACUGCAGAGGGCUAAGCUGCUGCAGCGUCAACUCCAGAAACAGCAGCAGCAGCAGCAUUGGUAGUACCAGCAGCAGCAGCACAGCAGCUGCAGUAGCAGCAACAGUAGCAGCAGCAGCAGUAGCAGCAGCAGCAGUAGCAGCAGCAGCGGCAGCAACGGCAGUAGCAGCAGCAGCCACUGCGGCUUUAGCAGCAACCAAACGAAAGGUUGAUGUCUAG